GAACCGGUUCGCAGGAAUGAGCCGGACGUCCCUUUGCUAGAUACGUAAACCAGCUCGUUCUCUACACAAUGACAUUCUAGGUGCGUGAGGUUAUCUCAGUCAGAUCGCCGUGAGUCUGUUGGACUUGAGCUGGACUGUAUUUUCGCACGGAGUCGAGCUGUUUAUGUGCUGAAACGGUUUAAGUUAAAGCAUGUUUGUGCCGGGCGCAAGUGAACAGGAACGUGAAGCUGGCUUCGAUAAGUGAACUCGAAUGUUUUUGCAACUGAAGCAGAGAGACUGAUGUCUGGGAGAUAUAACUGCAUGUCUUUACUGCAGUCACACAAAACUAAAGUUCUGAGGUCGCAGGUAUGUUUGAUCCGGUCGCUAGUGUUUCGACAUCGACACAGUUUCACCUGUGAAGUUGUGGAGUCGUUAGGCUAGUUCAGACAUGCUAACAGACGUCGUUUCGCUUGAGGAAAAAGCGUUUAGAGCUAAACAAAUAAACGUUACCCCAAUGCUGCAAUAAUAUUUUUAAGUGGUCUUUUAUCAUUUUAUUUAAAUACAUUUUCAUAUCGUUUAGUUAUCUGCACGGGUGUGGCCUUGGGUUGUUAUCUGGUUGAUUUGCUCUAAUACAAACACGCCUUAAUACAGGUCUGUUGAGGUCUCAUUGUUUAAAUGCCUUCUGACACUUGUGGCAGUGUAAACUUUACAUGUCGUCUUAAAGCAACACUCAACGUCGUUUUUUGACACUUUAAUAUCUAUAUAAUUAGAUUUAAGAGCUAUCUGUACUUUAUACUAUACUAUAUUUACUUUAUGGCAUACCUAGCUUUUAAUGUGUAGUUAUCAAUUAUAUCAGCUUUCCACCACACACUGACACUUUUUAUUAAUGUUAUAGAAUUGUAAUUUUCUCCUUUGUGCAUUAUAAAGUAGUAGUGCAGACAUGACCGGAGUUGUAGGGCGAGUUUGGGGGUGGGUCAGUCCAGCGAAUCUGUACUCCUCGUGGGGCAAUAAUGCCAAACCUAAAAAACCCCCAUCAACGGAGAUUCAGACUAGAAGCAGAUGGGGCUUAUGGGGACUUACUGCCUGGGUUUGGAGGGGCGAGAACCCCCAAAAGGACCAAAAGACAAUCACUGAGGAAUUCUGGGAGACUGAGGAGACUAUCAAGCCGUUGGAAGUUGAAGAGCUAAGGGCUGAUAUUGGGAUUGAGAAAGCAGCCGCCCAAAGCCCCUCGCGCUGGUGGAGCCGAAUGCUUCCAUCCAGAUACUUUUUCUGGCCCCGGUGGUCAGCAUCCACCACGCUCCGCCAGCAGAAAUGUGCCGGGUGGAGUGAAGGUACAUGGGACAGCGAUGAAGUCGACGGGCAAUCAGACUAUGGGACGCCUCCUCCGUCCCCCACGCCACAGAAAUCUGCAUUCCAGUUCUUCUCUCGCUCGUGGACGGGGGAAAUCGUGCCUGAACACUACGACAUUAGCUUUAAUUUCCUCCGCCACCUCUUUGACUUGUUUGUGGUGGGCUUCCUGACCACCGUAUCUCCUCCGACCAAGUUCAUUUUGGACGUGCUGGGGGUGCAGGGGGCCCUGAAGCUGUGGCUCCAUGGGAUGGCCAUGUUUCUGGUGUCGUCUGUCGGGAUGGCCGGACUGCUGUGGGUGGUACAGGAGUACCUGCUGCUGUUUGCGUUGGUCUACGGUAUCAUGCAAGCGCUGGUCAUCUCUGUCAGUGUACGCCAGAGCGAGGCUUCGGCAGAGGGGGAUGAUGGGAAAGCUGACGGAGAGGUCAGAGAGAGCGAGGGGGAACAGAACGACAUUUGGGAGCAGAAUGAGCCACAGCAGACAGCUGACGAAAGCAAGAGAGGAGUUAAACAAAGGAGCUGAAAGUCUAUUUUUGGUUGUUGACAUGCUGAUAGUCCAGUACCAAAAUCAUUCAUUGAGGAUCUAACCACUUCAACACCACCACCAACAGCUCCCCAUGAGCGAUUGAAGAGCACCCUAAAUAUACCAGCACCUCUUUCUCUCCACCAGUGGACAUUUUUUGCUCGUUUUAAAAUGUAAUUUAAAUUUUUCCCAAAACUAUUUUGAUGUAGCACCCCAGCAGGAGAAGUGACCGUGUAAAACUAGACCAUAACAUCUGCCAUCUACAAACCUGACGAAGCAUGUACAGAACUGAGAAACCAGCGGUGAUGGAAAUACUGUGUGAUUCUGAAAGCUAGUUUGUACUUUUACCUUUUAUAUGGUGAUUUACCAGCUUUGUGACUUCACGUUGAGUGUACUGCACAUCUGCAUGUGUCACUUUAUUCCUAGUUCAGUGUGGCCUCUGGAUUGCUUAUAUCUGCAUUGUGUCCUCUGCUGUUUAAUGGGUUGAGCUGCCCAUCUUUAACUUGCUCCAUUAGUCCAGUCUUAGUGUACUUUUUGAGGGCAAUUAUAGAGGAACUGGACACUUUUUGCAUACAGCAAACCUUAUGUUGUUUUGUACUCAUUUUAUUUUCAUUCAUAGAACCCGUUUAUAAAAAACUGACUUGUGUUUUGGGUUACAUCAUUAAAACCACUCUGUGUUUGAGGUAUAUUUAUGUACACUCCGUUACAUUAACUCUAAUUGUGUUGUCAGUCAUUGCUGUUUCAGUUGAUUAUAUCUGUUGUGCCUCACAAUGUCUGGUACUUCGGCCAGUUCACAGGGAAUUAUGUGUAAAGAAACUACAAGUAAUUUUGCACAGUUGCGUACUGACCGCUUAAUAUCCAAUGCUUUGUUGCACAAACGUGUCUCUCGCUCGCAAGAAUAGCUUUCUCUUCCUGAAUGUUUUCCACAGCUAGCAUUUUAUCUAUGCAUGAUCCUAUUGAACAAUGAAUUAUUUGUGAGUGGCUUUUUCUUUGUAGUACUGGUUUGUAAAUUUCUGCGUUGUUCAUGUCCGUUAUUUAAGCGCUAGAAUUGUUGGUUUACUACAUACAACCCUUAAGCAAUGCAAGUAUAUGUGUAACCUAGGAAGGUUCUUUAAAAUGUGUUUUUCAUUACCAUUGAAAAGUGCGGGCCACUGCUGAAACCAGACAGCUGUGAAUGGAAAUGUCUGCUGUAGAGUGAAAUGCAUUGCAACUCAAGGAUGGAUGUAUCUAUGGUGUGAGAUCCACAUCUGCUGUUCUUAAGUGCUGCACACUGAGUCUUUAAUAGUCCUUACACCUUAAAUAAACUUUCUUUUCCCAUA